GGGCGACGUUACGAUAUGCUACACCUUUUGCCCCACCCGGUCGCCGAUAUCUCUCUGGGAUCCAUUGCAUCUCUGGCUAGUGGAAGGCAGACCGGAUCGACGGGGAACCGGAAUAACGUGCAACAUAAUAUAUGGCGUCCAAGUUCGAUCAGCAGGAAAGUCAGACCUUUGGCGGGAUUACCAAUCAGAUUACCUAAAAGUGCUGGCAACAAUGCCAACGGCAAUGAUAUCUAUAAUAUCUUCCUACUGGUGGUAGACAUCGUGAUGCUGCUCGUCAAGUUCUGGAUCGCGAUCAUCGAAGCUUUCGUGGGACUCUUCCGUCCGAUUCCCCUUGAGGAUGUCAGCGGAAAGGUGGUCCUGAUCACUGGAACUGGUCAUGGUAUGGGCAAAGAGAUGGCCUUGCAGUAUGCCAAAUUGGGUGCCACUAUCCUGUGCUGGGAUAUCAAUGAGCAGACCAACAAUCAGACCGUGAAGGAGAUCAAGAGCAGCGGUGGCAAGGCCUUCGGUUACGUGUGCAAUGUUACCAAGCGCGAGGAGAUUAUUGAAUUGGCCGAAAAGGUGCGCAAAGAGCAUGGAUUUAUCCAUGUGGUGGUCAACAAUGCCGGCAUCAUGCCCUGCCAUCCAUUAUUAGAGCACACCGAGAACGAGAUUAGGCUCAUGUACGAAAUCAAUGUCAUCUCCCACUUCUGGAUCAUCCAAUCCUUCUUGCCUGAUAUGAUUGAACGCAACGAGGGCAGUAUUGUGGCUUUAUCUUCAUGCGCCGGACUCUUUGGACUGAUUAACCUGGUGCCCUAUUGUGGUACCAAGUUUGCUGUUCGUGGAUACAUGUCUGCCCUCGCCGAGGAGCUGCGCCAGAAGAACCCACAGAACAAUGUCAAACUGACGACCAUCUAUCCGUACAUGAUUGACACGGGUCUGUGCAAGAAUCCCCGCUAUCGCUUCCCUAAUCUGUUCAAGCUGAUCUCCCCGGAAGUGGCCGCUGGUUCGAUUAUCGAGGCUCAACGUCAGGGAUUGGAGGAAGCCGCCAUUCCACGCCGUUUUGUGGCCGUGGAAAAGGUUGGCCGUUUCAUUCCACGCAAGGCGAUGCGUUUGGUGAACGACUUCCUGGAUACGGGAGUGGAUACUGAUAAGUACUAGAUUUUCUAGUACUUGGGCUUUAAAACCCUAGUUCCUCCUUCCCAGUAGGUCAUAGAGCUUUAUUUUUUUUUUUUUCGUUUUUUUCGUCGUUUUUAACAUUAUCUCCCUUUAAUUGCUGUGUAGAGAAGUGCAACUAAUUGCUAUAUAAAAAGUGAAUUUAGUAAGCUCAAUUUAGCUGUUAGAAAGGUUGUUACUUAAUUAAAGGCGAACAUUGUCGGGCUAAUUGUGUUGGUCGUAAUAAAGGUCUCCAAAGAGUACUCCAUAAAAUUA